GAAGGAAGGCAGAGGUGCCACAGUGGCACAGUGCAAUACAGCCUCUUGAGUUGAGAAGAGAUCAAUAAAAGCAUUAUAAGAAUCAAUGGAGCUUAUUUUUCUCACGCUUUUGUGGGCUUCCAGCUUUGCUUUGGCAGACCAAGACGACAGAUUGCCUAAUAAAUGUGAAGUGUGUAAGUUCCUCACGGUGGAGCUCCAGGCCGUCUUGGACAAGAGCAGCAGAUCCAAAGAGGUUCUGGAGAUGGGAGAGGUGUUGGACACUGGCAAACGCAAGCGCAAGAUCAAGUACAACACUUCAGAAACACGCCUGACAGAAGCUAUAGACAACAUCUGUGAAGGAAUCCUCCAGUACAGCAUUCACGCAGAGCGACCCGGGAGCCUCAGAUAUGCAAAGGGCACCAGCCAGACCAUGACCACCCUCAAGAAUCUGGUGAACAAGGGCGUGAAGGUGGAGCUGGGUUUGCCCUACGAGCUGUGGGAUGAGCCGUCUGUGGAGGUGGCCGACAUGAAGAAGCAGUGUGAGACCAUGCUGGAGCAGUAUGAAGAUGUCGUGGAGGAAUGGUACUUCCACCACCAGGAAGAAAGGCUCGAGAAGUUCCUGUGUGAAGCCCAUGUCCUUAAGGGUUCUGACAAGGAGUGUCUCGAGGAGGUAUGGCAGGGAAAUGUGGAGGCAAAGGGAUCUGAGGAGGACGUGACCAGCGAAGGAGACGAUGCAGCGGAGACACAUGACCCUGGGGAACUGUGAGGGGCUUCUUGGUGGACUAUAUGAAGAAAUCCUGCCCAUCGUGUAUUUCAGCCGACUCCACCAGGAUCACAUCUCAUGGAGCGAGUCUCUAUGAUAUUGAAACAGAGGACAACCACCGUGUGUGUGUGUGUGUGUGUGUGUGUGUGUGCGCGUGCGGGUCCAGCAGGUUCCUCAGACCUUGUCUGUCCGUCCCUCCACUCCGCCUGCUGGUCAGAGGGUGCCACAGCAUCAUCCGCCAUUCUCAUCCUCUUCAUACCUCAUGGUGCCUUGGACAUCAUGUAGUUCACAGUGAGACCAGGCAUUCAUGACCAUGCUGCUCAACUGGCUACGUCUCCUCCUCGUGUCCUACACCAGUGUUGGGAAACUAUGCACACCAGAAUUCAGUCUUCAUUUAAUCGCUCUUUUUUUCAUACAUUGUUGUUGCAUACUUGUUAGUCUGCUGAAUUUUUUUACUCUUUUUUUUUUUGCACAGAUUUGUACUGAACAAAAGUAAAGUUUAGUUUAAAAUUAGUUUUUUGUGCUGGAGAUGGAGUGUAAUGGCUGCAGGUCCCAGACAGUGUUUAUGGAGAAAUCAGUUACUGUUGUCAGUCAGCACUGCUGCACCCGCGCUUGUCCCACAUUGUCAGUGCUGCUGUCACUGCGGCCACACGGUGGCGCACAAAGAACAUUAAAAAAUGAACGGCCGUAAUUUCCACGUUUCAAUUAAUCUAUCGAAGCGCGAAACUUUACUACUUCGCCAGCAACCAUCAAUUAUAGGCCCACUGUAGGCUGAAAACCUUGAAGACACGCCCCCUACAUAAGGAAACACUUCAUAAAUUCCUGCAUUACACAAAUGACAUGUUCAACAUGCGUUGAAAAGUGCAGAACCAUGUGCCGAGUGAGAUUCUGCAAUUGGGAAGAGGAUGAGAAGUGUCUUAUAGCUGAGUGCUGCGAUUGAAGGUGCUGGUUGAGGGGUGGGGUCGUGACAACUGCAGUAUUUGUAAUGGAGAGAGUGAGGGGGGAUAGCUGGUAGGGUAGUGGUGAGAGGGUUAGGGGAUAGCUGGUAGGGUAGUGUUUAGAAGGUUAGGGGUUAGCUGGCAAGGUAGUGGUGAGAGGGUAAGGGGAUAGCUGGCAAGGUAGUGGUGAGAGGGUUGGGAGUUAGCUGGUAGGGUAGUGUUUAGAUGGUUAGGGGUUAGGGGAUAGCUGGUAGGGUAGUGUUUAGACGGUUAGGGGUUAGCUGGUAGGAUAGUGGUAAGAGGGUUAGGGGAUAGCUGCUAGGGUAGUGGUGAGAGGAUUAGGGGUUAGCUGGUAG